AUGGGGUGCGGCGCCAGCAAGAAAGUGGCCCCGGAGCCGCCCGCGCUGGCCGCUCUCAGACUGGAAGGUCAGAGCCCAGGCAGCGCGGCAGGAGUCAGGUUCGGGUCCGAGGCGGCCGCCCAGGCGGCUCGGAAGAUGCAGGUGGCCCGCUUCCGAGCCAAGUUCGACCCCCGGGUGCUGGCCAGAUAUGACAUCCAAGCUCUCAUUGGGACUGGCAGUUUCAGCAAGGUCCUCAGGGUGGAGCAGAAGGCCACCAAGAAACCUUUUGCCAUCAAGGUGGUGGAAACCACAGUGAGGGAAGGCAGAGAGGCGUGCGAGGCUGAGCUCAGUGUCCUGAGGCGCGUCAGCCACCAUUACAUCGUCCGACUAUUGGAGAUCUUCGAGGCCCAGGACCGAGUGUACCUGGUGAUGGAGCUGGCCACGGGAGGGGAGCUCUUCGAUCGGCUCACUGCUCAGGGAUCCUUCACAGAGCAGGAUGCUGUCAGAAUCCUCCGGAUGGUUGCUGAUGGGAUUAGGUAUCUGCACGCUUUGCGAAUAACUCACCGGGACCUAAAGCCUGAAAAUCUCUUAUACUAUCAUCCAGGUGCAGAGUCAAAAAUUUUAAUCACCGAUUUUGGACUGGCACACGUUGGGAACAAAGGUGGUGACUGGAUGAUGAGGACUCUCUGUGGGACCCCCGAGUAUGUCGCCCCUGAGAUUUUGCUGAGAAAACCCUACACCAGCGCUGUGGACAUGUGGGCUCUUGGUGUAAUCACCUAUGUUUUGCUUAGUGGCUUUCUACCUUUUGAUGAUGAAAGCCAUACAAGGCUUUAUAGAAAGAUUCUGAAAGGCAAAUAUAAUUAUACAGGAGAGCCUUGGCCAAGUAUUUCCCACUUGGCAAAAGACUUUAUAGACAAACUGCUGAUGUUGGAGGCCAGUCAUCGCAUGUCGGCCAGCCAGGCGCUGGAUCACCCCUGGGUGAUUACCAUGGCUGCAGGGGCUUCCAUGAAGAAUCUGCAGAGCGUGAUUUCCCGGAACCUCAUACGAAGGGCAUCUCCUCACUCUCAGAGCCCUGGGUCUGCACAGUCGUCUACAUCAGGUCAUUCCCAGAAAUCAAGACAUAUGUGGAGCAAGAGAAACUCGAGGAUCACAGAAUCAUCGCUAUCUGCACUUCUGUAA